CUUGCUUGGCAGAGGAUUUUUGAUGCAUAAACUGAACCGUAGGAUCUGAAUCCGUGGGACCGACUUUUGCACGUUGUUACAAAUUUCUCUCAAGCUCUGAUUCAUUCUAGAAUUUGUUGGUGUAUUGUCAUGGAAACAUCUAAAAUGUCAUGGUCUCUUGUCAUUUGGAUCAUUUUGUCUUUGGACACCACUCACUCUUUCCUUGAUGAGUGCAAGCAGGAGAGAGACAGGCUUCGUGCACAAUUAAGACGAAUGGAGACACGUGCUGUGAGACAGCAGGAGAUGAUCCAACGCCUAAUGAAGCUUAGACAGCUGCCUCAGCUUCCAGCAAAUAAGAGCAUCUUUACUGACCUGGGAGACAAACAAUUUGCAGACUGUGCUCAGAUUUUCAGUCACGGAAACACAGACAGUGGCAUUUACAUGAUUAAGCCUUUGAGGAGUCCAACCCAGACCAGAGUGUACUGUGAUAUGACAGAAGGAGGUGGAUGGACAGUCUUCCAAAGGCGUUCAGAUGGCAGCCAGUCUUUUGACAGGGACUGGAAAGAUUACAAAACUGGGUUUGGGGAUAUGAAAUCUGCAAAUGGAGAGUUCUGGUUAGGAAAUGACAACCUAUAUUAUCUGACAUCCCAAGGUGAUUAUACCUUGAGGAUCAACUUGGAGGAUUUCGAAGGCACCCACCGCUUUGCCACAUACAAAAAGUUCAGCAUUGACAGUGAAGAGAACCAGUACCAGCUUAAGUUUGGUGGCUAUACAGGGAAUGCUGGAGACUCACUUUCAGGCAGCUACCACCCCGAGGUCCAGUGGUGGGCAAGUCACCAAGGGAUGAACUUCAGUACAUGGGAUAAGGACCACGAUCGCUAUGAGCGCAACUGUGCUCUCGAGGAUAAGGCCGGCUGGUGGUUCAACAGAUGCCACUCUGCUAAUCUGAACGGACUCUACUAUAAAGGUCCAUACAGUGCAGUGACUGACGAUGGGAUAGUGUGGUAUACUUGGCACGGCUGGUGGUACUCCUUGAAGUCUGUGGAGAUGAAGUUUCGGCCAUCUGACUUUGAACCAAACGACGUCUAACUUUAUACAUUUAACCACUGCCCAAUAAUUUCGUAAAACAUGGAAAUAUACGCAACAUACACAGUCUAUCAUAUGAAUGGUUCGAGUGGAAGACAACAUAACUUUGAUAGAUAACAUUUAUCUUAUACUUUUAU